AUGUUGAUGACUGGCCCAGCCGAGAUGUGGGUAAAUGAAUUGCCAGCCCAAGUAAGAGAUGAUUAUGAAGCUUUGACGGCGGCCUUUAUUGCAUAUUUUGAAAACGCCGAUUUAGUCUGGAUACUAGAACAAGAACUGUCUGAGCGAAAACAGGGAGCCGACGAAUCCGUGGAAGAUUACUCAGCAAAUAUCAAGUCGCGUUGUGCCCGAUUUCAAACACUACCAAAUGGAAUCAAACAAUGUCGUAGUACUCAGUUUAUACCUAUCAGCUCAUGGUGCGAUGGGUAUGGCGACUGUAAUGACCGAAGUGACGAAGGUUUUUGUGACUAUGUGUGUUCCGAUGACCAAUUUCAAUGUAAAGGUGGAUGGUGUGUUGAUUUUGACAAACUUUGUAAUGGUUGGAAUGACUGUGGUGAUAAAUCAGAUGAAGUCAACUGUACAGAAUUUUGUCCGGGCGAAUACAAAUGCAAAGCCGGCAUAUUUUCAAAUGGAAAUACACUGCCUAAAUGUAUUCCACUUCACUUGAGAUGUGACAUGUUUAUUGAUUGCGAUGGUGGUGAUGACGAACAUAACUGUGAAUAUGUUCUGGACCCAUUCCGUGAUAUUGAUGUGUUCGCAGACCCACAUUGGUUUGAAUAUUUUUAUGACAUAACACAAGAUUCCAAACUCUUUGACGACUUCAAGGACAAAUACUAUACUAAUACAACUACUAGCAUGAUUCCUAACAGAGAGCCGCUAUCACUGAGGCAUGUAAUUUUGGCUUCUGCAUUUGAUCCGGCACUAGAUAUAUGGAGUAUACUUGACGUGCCUGUUGAAGAGCUAACUAUGUAUGGUCAUCAACGAGAAGAUAUGAUAUUGAAAUGUCGAUAUCAACAGAAUAAAUGCCAAGCAAGUCGAUACAGCUACAGCAUGACUACGUCUCUAGCGGUCUGGCCAUCAGAUGAUUACUCUAAUCGUCUGUUACAUUUGUUACAUGUAAUGAAUAACAAAACCAAGUCUAUUAAUACAUCGACUCUAAGGGGAAACAUCGCCCUUGUCCACGUGUACAUUGACAGUCUACAUAUUGAAACAGUAUCUCAAGAAAAAGCAUAUGAUGUGAUUGAUCUGUUCGCUGACAUUGGUGGCGCCCUUGGACUAUGGAUUGGAAUGUCAGCUGUAACACUGUUUGAAGUAAUUGAACUAAUUUUAAGCAUCCUAACAAUCUGGAAUGUUGCACAUAACAUAAAUAAAAGAGAAAAAAUAAUAGAUCAGCUACGAUUGAAGUUUGAGAAUAAGUAUUCUGAGAAAGAGUACCAGUUUGCUGUGAGAAGAGCCUAUGAAAAUCAAAGGAUUAGGGCGAAAGAAGCUGCAAACAUGACAUUAAAGACAAAAAAUACAAAGAAUAAGCGAUCACACACACUCCGUUGGCAGACAAUGAAAAGACGUGGAAGAGUGGUGGAGGAGAGGAGGAGAGAGCCAUAUGGAAAGAAGUACAACCUGAAUUGAUGUCUGAUGAGGAGGAGCAGGAGGAUGGUUCUCUCCUCCUCAGAUCUCCAAGGUGGAGGGCUGUCCCGCUAAAUGAACUCGUUAUAAAAUUGGACCAGCGACUCAAUGAUAGAGGGAUUACGGACAGGCUUGUUAAACAAAGGCACAGAGCAACAGUUUUUUCCCUCAGAAAUAAACCAAAUAAACAUUUUUCUGCCAGCUGUGUAAUUUAAACUUUGUGUUGUGUUGUGUUUAAUUUGACCCUGUAACUAUUUACAAAUUGAUCUCAAGGCACAGUGAUAAGUACUUUGUGUGGGGAUGGAGUGAGAGGCUGCUUUUCAUGUAUUUUUAAAAAAAAAUAUUACCUGUAUUUAUUUUCAUCAUUCUUUUUUUUUAAAUAAUAAACAAUACAAGUUAUUCUCAUUUUA